GGCCUCUGUAGCUCAAGGGACGAGCGGUUGUCACUCUUCAUUCACAUUUCGAUCCAGCCACCCUGGUACCUCCUCCCUCACCACUGCAUCAUCGCCACAAGAGAAGACCCCCGGACUCGCCCUCUUUUAUAUCCAUCCUGGAAACUAUGUCUUGCAAUUAUGGUUUAGUAUGGAUGUUGCAUUGUGUUAGACGUUAAUUCCGGCGGAAAUGGAUUUUAUUCUUUCGUUGACGCACUUCUGCGAGGUACAUGGUCCCACCUCGAUCAUCUGCUCGCAGGUCCUCCCUUUUUCCUGUUCGCAAUGUUACCCCGAGAAAUCAGACUUCUCCCCUCAGGACACUCCUGCGACUUCCCACGACACGCUUUCGUCCCACGGUCUGUGCGGUCAUGCGAGUGGCAAACCCUCCCCCCCCAAGUCGCCCGCGAGACCUGCGGAGGGUGGCGAUAAAUCUCCCAAAAUCGAAGACUAUCCGUGCUUUGUCAAGGGCCAAUCCACUACAGCCGACCCCCAGAAAUUAAAUGUCAUGAGUGGUGCGGAUGGUGACACUUGCGCAAGCUGUCGCUUAACGCUGCCUGAGGAUGUGAGCAAACAGCUGCCCCCGGGGGCGCCAGGAACCGCCAGGGGUGAUGGCAAAGGUAGGAAUGGCAGCCCAGUCCUACGAUCGCGAGAGGUCGUCUACUCCUGUGGCAGCAAUCAUUCCGAUCCGGACGACAGCGUGCACGAUUCCCAUAUUCACGGAUCCCUCCCCGAUUCCCUCCACUCCUCGUCCGUCGCCUCCGAUUCCUCUUGUCAUACACAUAUCCUCACCUACCUUUCCCUACGGGGCCCCCCGAAUCCAGUAGACUAUGCCCUGCUCCGACGAUCCUCUAUCAGAACCCUCAGCUGUGAGCUCCUUCCGCGCGGACUGUCUUCCGGCCCCUUAUGUUUUGGUGACUCCAACGCGGGUUACACCAUUGCUUACAUCUUUCGACUUCCUGACCAUAUGGCUCGUGGCAAACGACGCAGUUAUGCGCUGGUGGCGCUGGCCGGGAAGGAUUCUCGCAGAGCAUUCCGCGCUUGCCCAAUCAUCUGGCGCGCUUUUGACCGGAUUGCUACUGCUAUUUACAACGCGGCGGAAAAAUUCCAGGAGGAGGAGAAGAGCCGUGAAGAACAGAACAAUGUUACGAAUCGACCGGGAGCCCGACCGUAUACCCCGGUAUCUUCAUUCCUCACCGGCCGGGCCGUUGACCCAGACGGCCAACUGCGUCGCCCUGGCCAGGUUAGAGCCAGAAACCUGACCGAAAUCGUGGGGAAUCCAUAUAUCUUUGCCGAAAUUCAUGCACACUUUGUGGCGUUGCUCCAACAACUGGGUUCGAUGUUUGGGGCGCUUCCUAUUUCGGAAGAGCGGUUCGUGUGCAGCACUGUGCGUGAAGAGGAAGAUAUGAAUCCGUCGCGGCCUCCGGUGUCCUUUUCCACCCCGGCCAGCGAAAAGCAGAAAGCCAAUGACGACAACGACCUUGGUCUGUCCACCCUCGACUUAUCCUCGGGGCCUAAACCCAUCCCCAUCGCACCACGGCGGUCAGUUAUCGCAUAGGCCCAAGCCGCGGCCUGCACCCAUUGAUUGGGAACCCAUCUCUUGACGAUCCAAGUAAUUUUACCCUUUUUUCGCAUAUUCAACCUAUUUCACCCCACGCCUCACUCACAUGGGGAUUCUCGCUUUUAUUUCACUCUUCUGCUGUCAUGAAUGAUAUCACAUAGACGUUUACG